ACCUUCCAACUGUUCAGUUGGGAAUUCAUCGGACCGCCGAAAAAGAGCUGCAAAACGAAACUGUGUUAGCCAAAGUGUUGUUGAAAGUGUUGUGACUAGUUGCUGUGUGGAAUUAUUGGUGCUGCUGAUUAAAUUUUCCCGAAAGAGGAAAAAUAAUGGUGCAGCAGCAGUUGAAGCGCCAAAACUCGGGACUGCCCCAAAUGGAGUCGAUAUCGCGUUUCGGCAGCAUUCCCGUCGUUGAGACAGGCAUCAAAACCGCGGGAACCGUCUAUCACCGGGUGAAGACCAGUAAUGGAUUGUUCAACUGGGGUUUUGAAACUGCGGAAGCCCUUACGUACGCUCUGAUGGAUUCUCUGCGUCCUGCAGCCAAAUUGAUUGAAGGGCCACUUCAUCGGUUGGACAAUUUCAUGUGUUUGAGUUUGGAUUUUGUCGAGCAGAAGGUACCAUCUAUGUAUCUACCACCGGAGAUGAUGUACUGGAACACCAAGGAGUACAUGUCAGAUCGUCUGGUCAAACCGGUGCUCAGUCGAGCCAACUCGAUGAAGCACCUUGGCCACGCUGUGCUGGAUUCUCGUGUUUCAAACUACGCAGCCAACCGGCUGGAUGGUGCGUUAAAUGUUUGCGACAAAUAUGUCGACCGAUUUUUACCAGCUGAACCAGCCGAGGACCAACCGGACGGUAAAUCAUCCUCUCCAGAGGCAGAUGAUUCCAACGAAACUCACGUCAUACAAACGAUUCAUCGUGGACAACGAAUUUCCCGCAAGUUGAAACGGCGAUUGACCUUCCGAACCCGCCAAGAGCUGAGUGCUUUGAAGAAACAAAGCACUGAAGCCGUCCACGUGGUGUUUUACGUAGCUGAACUUGUUGCCACCAAUCCGCGGUUGGCGUUGCAAAAGGGCAUCGAGCUCUGGAAAUAUCUAAGUGCUGACGAACCGGAAAACCAGGAACGACCGCAGAAUCUUGAACAUCUGGUUGUACUACUAACGCGCGAAUCUGCGCGUAAGAUGGUGCAUCUGAUCAACUACACCACCACCACCGUAACCAAAAUCCCCAAAACAAUUCGUUCCCAAACUCGAGAGCUGUUACAUCACUUUUUGUUCGCUACCGAUCGACUAAUAAAGGCGGUUCAUCUGGAGAAAGCUAAAAAUGCAACUAUUUCAGAGGCAACCGGAUUAGUGCACAAACUUCAACACACCUACGAUGAACUACAGAAUCAGACAAAUCUAGCUUUGGAACGUGUAGCAGUCUUUCUUUCCGGCCGGUUGGAAGCGGAAAAGAUCACCACCAGCGACAACCCUCGGCGAAGAAUCCAAAAUCGACCUAACAAUAACCCAAUGCAUUCUAGCAUCAAUGGCGUUUAUUAGUGUCCGGACAGCUGAACUGCUACACCGGCAACUCCAGGAGGGCAUUGCCGGUCCACUGAUUGAGGACGAUAUGCGAGACAUUUGGGUUUGAGCUAUCACGGCGCUGGACUGCAUGUGACGCGAAGUGGAUUGCUUGAUCUUUUUUAUUUUGUUUAUUUGUUAAUAAUAGAAUAAAAAUCCCUACAUCUUCGGUGGCACCGUAAUCUCACGGUAUUUGCAUUGAACAUCGUUACUGUAAUGGAAUUUAUGCUAGAGCGGUUUUUUGUCCGUCAACCAAUAAAAUCAUAUACCUACA